CGUGCGCUCUGGCUGGCGUCCCGCCCCGGCCGCGCAGGGCUUAGCAGCGGCCGCGAAAGGCAGGAGCGCGGGGCGGGCGAGCGGGCCAUGCGCCGCCGCCUCUGGCUGGGUCUGGCCUGGCUGCUGCUGGCCCGGGCGCCCGGCGCCGCGGGGACCCCAAACGCAGCGCGGAGGCCGCGCAGCUACCCGCACCUGGAGGGCGACGUGCGCUGGCGACGCCUCUUCUCCUCCACCCACUUCUUCUUGCGCGUGGACCCCAGCGGCCGCGUGCAGGGGACCCGCUGGCGCCAGGACCAGGACAGCGUGGUUGAGAUCCGCUCUGUUCGCGUGGGCGCUGUAGCUAUCAAGGCUGUGCACUCUGGCUUCUACGUGGCCAUGAACCGAAGGGGUCGCCUGUAUGGGUCGCGCGCCUACUCUGUGGACUGCAGGUUCCGGGAGCGCAUUGAGGAGAACGGCUACAACACCUACGCCUCGCUGCGCUGGCGCCGCCAAGGCCGGCCCAUGUUCCUGGCGCUGGACACGCGCGGUAUCCCCCGGCGAGGCGGCCGCACGCGGCGACACCAGCUGUCCACCCACUUCCUCCCAGUGCUGGUCUCCUGAGCUUGGCCCCGUCUUCAGCUUCAGUAGGGCCCUACUCUCUGCCAGGCACUAGGAGCACAAAAGGGUUCCCCAUGGCAAGGCCUGGCCCUGGGCAGCCCCGCUGGGGAGGAGCCAGCCUCACCAUGUCCAGCUGCUGUCAGGUCCUGGGGGAGCUCGGGUGGGACUUACCAGAGUCAGAGCACAUGGGGACA